ACUAACGGCGGUGAGUCGGGUUAAAAGGGUUGCCGUGAUUUGUUUACUUGGUUUUCACUGCUUAUUUACUUUUUAUACCGAAAAUGCAUGAGAUUUCCCUCAAUAUCGACAACAUCGAGGUUUUGAGAGAGUUCCUCAACUUUGUCAUCGAUGAGGAAACUUUCGAGAAGACUGAGAGAAACUCCCUGACAGCCUGGAGAAAAUAUGGUUUUUCUCAGAAGGAAGAGAUUGAUUUGGCCAGGAAGAGCCUCACAAGCAUCUUCACACAGUAUGCUUUGGCGAAGAUUGAUCAGCGAACUCUGAAAUCCUACUUUUCCUACCUCAGUUCGGAACUCCAGGAGAGUAUCGUGGCAGUGCUCGAGAGCAGGAAGGAGGAACUCCUGAGACGACUAGUCUUCGCCAGGAUAUCCGCUGAACAAAAGGCUAUGGAGUCGUUUGACUGGGACGUGAAGUGGAUUCUUGGCAGCAGCAGUUCAUCAACUGUCCAGAAACUCAUCACUUCUUUGACGAUCAAUUGCAGGAAAGGAAAAGAUCCGACUGAGAAUCUCCACAUAGAAAUGGACAAGACGUUGCUAGAUAAGAUGAUUGCGGCUCUAGAGAACUGUGAAAGUAAUUUGUCUAGUGCAUAAUGUGCACAAUAAAAACUCCUGGUAAGCAUGUUUUGACUAUUAUCGUAAUCAUAAAUUAGACCGUGAAUUUAUUGGGGCGCCGAUGAAUUUCUCUUGAGUCACUCUGCUGGGAAUCCGUGCCAAGAUUUCAUCAGUGGCAAUCAAAAUAAAAA